AUGGAAUUCAACAAACUGGAAAGCUUAAAAUUAUCCGGUUUUAUAGCAGAGAAUUUUAAGCUAUUUAAGAAUGAAGUUACAGUAUCUUUUGAAUCAACAGAGGCGAUUCUAAAAUCUCAAACAACACAGGUAGCAAGAUUACUUAACUUAAUCGGCACGGAUGGGCUGAAGUUGUACAGGUCAAUUAAGAGACCUAAAGAUGAAAAAGAAACAGUUGAGACAAUCUUAAGACACUUGGAAAAUUAUUAUAUACCUAGGUGCAAUGAGAUAAUGGAACAUUUUAAAUUCUUUACUAGAAAACAAUUGUGCGAUGAGAAAUUUGAUAAAUACUAUGCUGAACUAAGAGUAUUUGGAGAAAUUGAAGACAGAUUACUAAGAACACAAAUUGUAUUAGGAAUAGCAAACAAAGAGUUACAAACCAGAAUGCUGAGAGAAGAAUUAACAUUGGAUAAAGCAAUUCAAUUGUGUCAAGCAGCGGAACAAGCUGAGGUAAACAACAAAUUAUUGGAAGAUCAAAUUAAAAAAGUUGAUAUAAUGUAGCAAUACAAGAAAAUAACACGGAAUCAAGGAAAUGAGCAGAACCAGGACAGAAGACAGAAUCAAACCCAUAAAAACGGGAAGAAUAAUCAAGACAAGGUAUUUAAUUGUAAUAAAUGUGGUAAGCAACAUAAAUUUAGGGAAUGUCCAGCAUAUAGAAAAGAGUAUAGGAAAUGUAAAAAGUUAAAUCAUUUUGCCCACAAAUGUAAAAACAAUAAACAAGUUGACAUGGUUGAAUGUGAAAGUGAUAAUAUGAGUAUAGAGUAUUUGACAUUAGAUGAAAUAGAUAAUAAAGACAAUAAUAAUAUUUGGUUAGAAAAGGUUAAGAUUAAUGACAUAAACACUGAAGUAAAGAUUGAUACAGGGGCGCAAUUAAAUGUAAUGUAAUGAAUAAGUUUUAUGAAAAAUUAAAGGCAGUAAAAAAAUAAAAAACAGUGAGGUGGUAAUCAAAGUGUUUGGUGGGACAAUAAUUAAGUCAUUAGGUAAAGUACAGGUAGCUGUUGUAGGUCAGUCAGCACAAAUUAUUACAAUAUUUGAAAUUGUGGAAUAUGAUGGAAACCUAAAUUUAGGGUAUAAGGAUUGUAAACGAUUGAACUACAUUAGUGAGUUAAAUGAGAUAAAAGGAGUUAGCAUAGAAAAGUUUAUAAAAAAACAUGUAGAUGUAUUUACAGGCAUUGGCUGUUUUCCAGAUAAAGUUAAGAUAAAGGUAAAACAUGGAAGUGUACCAAUAAUAAAUAGUCCCAGAUGUGUCCCCAUAAAACGAAUGCGAAAAAUAAAGGAACUUUUAAAAAUGUUAUGUUUUAAGAAAAUAAUUGAGAAAAGAAAUAGAAAAUAAAUACAAUACCAAAAAAAUAAAAUAAAAUAUUUAGGUUUGAAAUUUAGUGAAAAAAUAAUAGAACCAGAUGAAGAUAGAAAUAAAAGCCAUAUUAGAGUUAAAAAGUUCUACUAAUUUGAAAAAACUGCAAUCAGUAUUAGGAAUGGUGAACUAUUUAAGGGCAUUUAUACCAAAUAUGGCAGAUAUAGUAGAGCCAAUGAGAGCUUUAUUAAAGAAAGAUAAAAGGUGGUAUGGAGUGAUAAUUGUGAAAGGUCAUUUAAUACAUUAAAAUGAAUUUUAUCAAAAAUUCACAUUUUAGCCAAUUAUGAUGCCAAAGAUGAGUUCAGAAUUCAAUGUGAUGCAUCACAAAAAGCUAUUGAAUGUUACUUAUUUCAGAAAGAUAAACCUGUGUAUCAUGCAUCUAAAUGUUUAAGUAUAACUGAACAGGGGUAUGCUCAAAUUGAAAAAGAAAUGUUAGCAAUUAAGUUUUCAUGCAUAAAAUUCCAUAGGCUUAUUUAUGGACAGAAAGUAAUUAUGGUAUAA